CCCGAAGAGGGAGGGAGGACGAGCUCUACGUCAAACGUUAGCAAAGUUCGUUUUUGAAAUAUAAAGCUUCUUUUAUUAAUUCAUCGUCGUGAUCCGGAUAUUUUAUCUGUUUUAUUUACUGGAAUCAUUCGCGCAAUAUUAAGGUAAAUAAAGAUGCCUACUGUGAAGUACCAGAAAGGGGACACGGUGAUGGGCCGCUGGCCUGGCAGCAGCCUGUACUAUGAGGUCAAGGUGCUGGGCUUUAAGCCCAGAACCCAGCUCUAUACUGUCAUCUACAAAGAUGGCACGGAGCUGGAGCUCAAGGAGCAAGACAUUAAGAGUGUAAGUGGUUUCCAGACCCGCUCUCGUUCUCGUUCCCGCUCACCAAGCCGCCGUCGCAGCCGCUCACGCUCCCCGGCAAGGACCACACGCCGCUCAUCCUCUCGUACUACGGCAGCGGUUGCUGCUACAGCUGUCACAGCUGUCACAGAGAGUGCACCGUCUUCUCGCAGGGAUAGCAAGCUCAAGGAUACAGUGGAAGUGAGGCUCAGCCCUUUGCAACAGACAACGCCAGCAGAGAACAGUAGCAACAAUAAGCAUGAAAAGAAAGAGGAGAAUAACACUGCUAGCAAAGUCAUUGAGGAGUCUGAAGCUAAGGUGGAGGCAGAGUCUGAGAAAAACCAAGGCCCUUACAAUCUACGCCGCAGGAAGGCCGAUGGAGAUGCCAAACCAGAACUGCUAGAAAAGGCUAAGGCGCCUCCGGCUCCUGCCGCCAUCCACUCCACCCCUCUCGACUUUGGUGGGAAGAUAGGAGCGUACUUCUGGCUGCUCUUCUUGCCAGCCUGGGUUCUCUUUGUAAUACUUCAAGUCAACCUGAAGGACCCCAGUCUGGUCAACGCCCCCCCUCCUCUGCCUCCACUUGACGCCUUCUGGGAUGCCCAGGCUCUUGGCUUUGUCAUCCUCUGGAUCUUAUUUCAGGCCCUGCUUUACAUCCUGCCCGUUGGAAAACUGAGUGAGGGCAUGCCACUAAGGUCUGGAGAGAGGCUGAAGUACAGAACCAAUGGUUUCUUUGCCAUAUUGGUGAGUGCUAUAGUGGCGGCUAUAGCAGUGCUCCAGGGUGUUGAUCUCACCUACAUCCACAGCCACUUCCUGCAGCUGGCGACAGCCACCUUCAUCAUCUCCGUCCUGCUGAGCAUCUACCUGUAUGUCCGUUCUCGCUAUGCCAGCUCAGCAGAGCUGGCACUAGGAGGAAACUCUGGCAAUGUGGUUUAUGACUUUUUCAAAGGACAUGAGCUUAAUCCCCGCAUCAAAAACUUUGAUCUGAAAUUCUUCUGUGAGAUGCGCCCUGGACUGAUUGGCUGGUGUUUGAUCAACUUUGCCAUGGCACUGGCUGAGAUGAAGCAGCAGAAUCUUGAUGCUCCAUCAUAUGCCAUGAUCCUAGUGAACCUGUUCCAGCUGCUCUACGUGGUGGACGGCCUCUGGAAUGAGGAGGCCAUUCUGACCACCAUGGACUUGAUGCAUGAUGGUUUUGGCUUCAUGCUGGCUUUUGGUGAUCUGGUGUGGGUUCCUUUUACAUACACCCUGCAAGCUUAUUACCUGGUCAGCCAUCCCAACUCCCUGAGCCUCCCAGCAGUCACAGCCAUCGUCAUACUCAAACUCAUCGGCUUCUACAUUUUCAGAAAAUCCAACUCUGAGAAGAAUGCCUUCAGGAGAAACCCAUCAGACCCCAAACUGUCCCAUUUGAAAACAAUCCCCACAGCUACCGGGAAAAGUCUGCUGGUCUCUGGCUGGUGGGGAGUGGUCCGCCACCCUAACUACUUGGGAGACCUCAUCAUGGCUCUGGCCUGGUCCCUACCCUGUGGCUUCAGUCACCUCCUGCCGUGGUACUACAUGAUCUACUUCAUCAUUCUGCUCGUACACCGAGACUCGCGUGACAUGAGCGAGUGCAGGAGGAAGUACGGCUCGGCGUGGGACGAGUACUGCCGAACUGUCCGCUACCGGAUCAUUCCCCGCGUCUACUGAGGACAUCGACCCCGGACACUCAGAGCUGAGGACUUUCUUAACCCAAUAUAAACAGCUGUGUGAAGGCUCUCAAAAAUAUGAAUGGAUUGACUCAUUUGACCUUUUUAUACUUUUUUUUUUUUUUUUUUUUUUUUUUUUUUUGUUUUUAAAGAUUGCUUAAUUCCGGACUGAAGGAGCACUGAAUUUUUUGAUGGAGGAAAAAAAAAAAUUAUGAUAGACUUUUUGAAGAAUUGCCUUUUUUAUCAUUUAAAAAAUAAAUAAAAACAUAUACGUAAAAGUUUACAAAAUGCGGGGAAAAAAAAUGAAACACCUCUGCUAGGAAUGUCUUGUUACGAUGUAUAUUUUUGUAUAUACAUAUUUUGUUUUUAUACUUCAAAAAUAACACCACACGCUUCGCAUUUUGGUACAUGUUACUCGUUGUGCCCCUAUUAAAAAAUGCUACAGUAUCAGCUUGGCUAUUAUGAAUGAUUAUGUAAGUACGCCUUCCCGUUAGAAUUCAUCAGCUUGUGCGUAUUGUGAAGGAUGGGAUGAAAAAUGCUACCCUCUCUGAUAAGCUGUACAUUAGGACUCGUGUUUCUUCUCAGGACCAGGGACGUUGUUGGAAAGUCAGAUUAGAAAAGUUUUGUCUUAAUUCUGAUGUGAAUAAUUUUAUAGAGAUCUAGUUUUGAUUUGAGAUUGUAAAAAUGAUUUUAGAGGCUUCAAGAAAAAAUGCACUAAUGCGUUAAAGCAUUUUUAUUUUAUUUUUUUUCUUUUCGCGUAAUCACUUCCAAAGUGUUUAAAUUUGGCUUUGCUACCUCAGAUUCACUCACUGUCCACGUCUUCCUCCUUGGUGCUCUCUGGGAGGCAGUGUGUGUAAUUAUGAGUGUAAUGUCACAUAAACUUGUUAAUAUGUUUAUUUUUUGUUGUUGUUAUGAGCACGUGGCGACUCUCACAUCACCGAUGAUAGAACUUUUUUUUUUUUCUCACUCCACAUUUUCCUCAGUUAUCUGUAAUUUCAUGUUAGUUUCCUGUCAUAACCUGGGUGAUAAUUUCCCUGCAGUGCCACAUCAAUCUGGUUUUUUUAAGCUUUAACUUGCCGGGUCAGCUGACAGUGACCGUUUAGUGAAGUUUACACUGUGACAACAUGAGGAGCUGUCAGCUGUGUCAGCAUUUGUGUCCUGUGCAUUUUCAGAUCCAAAUUAAAUAUUUUUACGCCUGUGCAGCUAUAGGUGAUGAUACAAGUAGCAAUAGAUAACUCAUUUAGGUAGCAUUUUUUAUGCUGUUCUGACUGAAUACCAUGUAAAUAUUGUUAUUUUUGUUUUUAAAAUCCUGUUUUAAUUAAAAGUAGUAAUGGUAGUAAUGUUUCUUAUUAGAUAUUUAAUGUUGCUUUUUAGUUUUAAGUUCCUAAUUUUGACCACUGUAGUUGUUUCCACCCUUAGAUCUGCCUUGGUUCUGGACACAAUGGUGUAUAUACGCUUCACCUAAAUAGAGCAGGGAACAACAGUAAGUGUGAUCCUUGAGAUGUCACCAUUCUUUGUUCCAGGACCUACUGUGGUAAUGCAAAACUUGUUUGCUUUGACUGACUGGAGAGCAAUAAUUUGGAUGUACUUUGAUAUAUGACAGCAGCAAAUAAGGAUAUUGCCAGGUUCAGGAGGCUGUCUGUGAGGAUGUAGUUGUGACAGCAGCUGGAUAAAGCUAAUACAAAUGUACAAAUGUUGCAGCACAAAAUAAAGAUUUACAGUA